CGCGCUUGCACAGUGGCGGCGACAUGGCACCAGCCGGAGGCCCACGAGUCAAGAAGGGUAUCUUGGAGCGUCUGGACAGCGGGGAGGUUGUGGUUGGGGACGGCGGCUUUCUCUUCACUCUGGAAAAGAGAGGCUUUGUGAAGGCAGGACUUUGGACUCCAGAAGCAGUGGUAGAGUAUCCAAGUGCAGUUCGUCAGCUUCACACAGAAUUCUUGAGAGCGGGAGCCGAUGUCUUGCAGACAUUCACCUUUUCGGCUGCUGAAGACAGAAUGGAAAGCAAGUGGGAAGCUGUGAAUGCAGCUGCCUGUGACCUGGCCCAGGAGGUGGCUGAUGGAGGGGCUGCUUUGGUGGCAGGGGGCAUCUGCCAGACAUCACUGUACAAGUACCACAAGGAUGAAACUAGAAUUAAAAACAUUUUCCGACUACAGCUAGGUGUUUUUGCCAGGAAAAAUGUGGACUUCUUGAUUGCAGAGUAUUUUGAGCAUGUGGAAGAAGCCGUGUGGGCUGUGGAAGUCUUGAGAGAGGUGGGGGCACCUGUGGCUGUGACCAUGUGCAUCGGCCCAGAGGGGGACAUGCACGGCGUGACACCGGGAGAGUGUGCGGUGAGACUGUCUCGUGCAGGGGCGAACAUCAUUGGGGUAAACUGCCGGUUUGGGCCCUGGACCAGCUUACAGACCAUGAAGCUCAUGAAGGAGGGCCUCAGGGAUGCCGGCCUACAAGCUCACCUUAUGGUCCAGUGCUUGGGUUUCCACACACCGGACUGUGGCAAGGGAGGGUUUGUGGACCUUCCUGAAUAUCCUUUCGGCCUGGAGCCAAGAGUUGCCACCAGAUGGGAUAUUCAAAAAUACGCCAGAGAGGCCUACAACCUGGGGGUCAGGUACAUUGGCGGCUGCUGCGGAUUUGAGCCCUACCACAUCAGGGCCAUUGCAGAGGAGCUCGCCCCAGAAAGGGGAUUUUUGCCACCAGCUUCAGAAAAACAUGGCAUCUGGGGAAGUGGUUUGGACAUGCACACCAAACCCUGGAUCAGAGCAAGGGCUAGACGGGAAUACUGGGAAACUCUGUUGCCAGCUUCGGGAAGACCUUUCUGUCCUUCCCUAUCAAAGCCAGAUGCUUGAGAAGCCAUGAAAGAGACCUCUGAAGUGACAGAAAGGAGGAAACAGCCUCAAGCCCCAUCUGGAAUCUUCCUGGCUGCUGUCCUCAGCCCGUUCUUCUGGCUGUUGAGCAUCGAUGAGCUGUCGUCCCUUCCAAUUGAGUGACAUAUCACUCCUGAGUAUGCCCACUAGAUGCGGUGGAGAUGCAGAGGCAUCCGGACCCCACGCCCCACCCCCUCCCCUCACACACUUACUCUCUGCCUAGUAAUGCCACAGAGCUUCCAUCCCCAUCCAAAGGUCAUCAGGCAUGGCUAUCAGUUGGCUCUCAGGGUGGAUUUGACAUUCUCAGAUGAUUAGAAGUUGGCAAGAAGCAACCUUGGUGAAUAACUCUGGUGUCUAAACUCUGUACUUGAGUUACAGUCUCAGUAGAGGAGACGCCAAAGCUGUUGCGAGUGACGGCAGGAUUAUUGAACAGUCAUGAUGCUUGGCUUUCAAAGGCGAUUAUCGCUUUAAGGUCUUAGAAUUAGUAAGUGCAUCUUUAUAACCAGGCAUAGCUAGAUCAUAAACUACUGAUGGCCAAGGACCAUAGAACGUGCUUCUUACCUUCCUCUCUAGUUAGCAUUACGACAAACAUAAUCACCAACGCUCAGGGAAACACUUGCUGAUUCAAGUAAAAUGCAUGAACCUUGGAAGACCUUUCUAGAAGUCAGAGAUCAAGUUCAUCUUGUUCUAGCACUUUCCACAUUCAUGUUUGGUUUGUAUGCUGCGCCCUACUUUUGUUUUUUGCUACAAUGUAACAAAUUAGUGAGUAACCAUUAGUGAAAUUGCGAAUAAUUUUCCUUUUCUAAAUUUUGAUUUCUUUGGAACAUUGAUUUAAAAAAAA